CGGGUAUUCGAGGUUGCAGCAGGCUGAGGGAGACCGUGGAAGGUAAGCAGGGAGGCAGCAUCAUGGCGGACAGAGACAGUGGCAGUGACCACGGAGGGCUGGCCACAGGCCCCGGCUCGCUGCCCCCGGGCGCGAUGGGCGCCGCGGCAAGACUCCAACACGACACAGAGGAGCUCGCAUCGAAGCGAGUCGACAUCCAGAAUAAGCGCUUCUACCUAGAUGUGAAGCAGAAUGCAAAAGGCCGCUUCCUAAAGAUAGCCGAGGUCGGAGCUGGGGGAAACAAGAGCCGCCUCACUCUUUCUAUGUCAGUGGCAGUGGAGUUCCGCGACUAUCUCGGGGACUUCAUCGAACAUUACGCCCAACUGGGCCCGAGCAACCCGGACAUAGUGCAGGAUGAGCCCCGGCGAGCCCUCAAGAGCGAAUUUCUAGUGCGAGAGAAUCGCAAAUAUUACAUGGAUCUGAAAGAGAACCAGAGGGGGCGGUUCCUCAGGAUCCGUCAAACCGUUAAUCGGGGGCCCGGAUUGGGAAGCGCACAAGGCCAGACAAUCGCGCUUCCAGCGCAGGGACUUAUCGAGUUCCGUGAUGCUUUAGCCAAACUCAUCGAUGAUUACGGUAUGGAUGAGGAUCCAGCCGAACUACCCGAGGGCACCUCCUUGACUGUUGACAACAAGCGCUUUUUCUUCGACGUGGGUUCCAACAAGUAUGGAGUGUUCAUGCGGGUCAGCGAGGUGAAGCCUACCUACCGGAACUCCAUCACUGUUCCGUGCAAAGUGUGGUCCAAAUUCGGCAACACGUUCUGUAAAUAUGCCGAGGAGAUGAGAAAGAUCCAGGAGCGGAGUAGAGAGAAACGGGCCUCCGAACUCCUACCGGAGGGCCAACAUGGUGACGACGGGGACGAUGAUUGACGGAUUACCGGCUUGAGCAGAAAUAAAUAAAUAACAACAAACAGACUUUAUAAUCAGACUUUUACUAUAAAAUAUAAAGAGAGAAUUCCAAGGGAAGCACCCCACACACAACCUUCACAGUCAGAUUGGCAGUACUGUCUCGUCGCUCAUUGCUGGAUGUCACCCACUUACCAACCAUUUUAACAGUAAGCCGCUGCUAACAAUAACUGUUUCAACUGUAAAAUAUGAACUGUUUCCUACUUGAUUUAAAUGACAAUGAACAGAGUGUUUAUUCCUCUAACAAACAAACAACCCGAUUUUGCACACGUCCAUGCUAUUUCGAAAAGGUUUCCAAAGUGCAAAUUAAAAAAAUACAAAAUAAAACCCGGGGUGUAAGCCUACAUGGAAAUUACGACGAUCUCCAUUUGAAGAAACAUUUGACAUCAGCACAAAGAGAAUAUAUAUAAAUUACUUUACCAAACCAAAAUAUGAAAUCAGAUGUAGUUUAUUAUUAUAAGGUACGCAGGAAAUAAAAAUGAGAGCGCUAUCCAUUAAUGUGUACUGCAGAACGCAGCGCACAGGCUGAAACAGACACAUCUGCCAAUAUGCCUACACCUAUUUUUAAAAGGCAUUUGAGAAAGUAAUAGUGUUUUAUUUGAUCGAAAAUGUAGCUAUAACUCGUUUCUAUCAUGUCAUAGGCCUUCAUUAUGGAGUCUUUAUAAAUGAAGAGGAGUGUCUAAAUACUGCGCUUCUAUAUAGGCCUAAAUGGGCUAAAAUCAUCUUUACUAUUGAAUAUCUACCCCUUUGCACCAUGUCCAUUCAAAUUUGGACCAAUGGUUAGAUGAAAAAAGUGCUAACCUAGAUAUACUAAUUAUGAUUUUGUGAAUCAGCUGUAUUUAAAUCCUAAAAUGCCCACGUUUUCUGUGGGCGAGUUUUCUUUUUGGGGGGGCGGGGGGCGGAAUGGGGUGUAAAACGAGAUGCUCAACCGGUGAUGGGAGCGCGAGACGCGUAAAAAAGACGCAUCAGCGCGCGGCUACAUGCAUGCUGAGCCGCGAGGGCGCAUCCUCUCUGACGUCAGAACAACCUGGUGCCUUAUACACUCCACUCGUUUACGUGUUUCACAUUGGGGUCGAUGUUAAUGAUAUCUCUCUCGACCACUGUAUGUUUUCAUUGAUGAGUACUGUACUGCAGUAUGGCUAUUGGUCAACACUAACUAGCCAAACCAGAGGCCCUUUUCUGUAGCCUGUCUCCCUCCACAGGCAGGAGAGCAGAGAAUGGCUUCUAGAACAGCAACAGCA